AUGGUUUCCGACGAACAUUACGACCUCUGUCUCCCGAUACUCCAAGACGCGAGCCUCGAAGAUGAAGACAAGACGGACCGCCUGGAAGAGAUCCUGAGAAAGGAGACAUCAUUAAGAGAUUCCUCACUUGAACAUGCGAUCCUCGACGCGUUGUGGCGAUAUCGUGACGGAGGGAGCAGCGCCGCUUCUCCUCCCCCCAUCCGACAGACCAUCCUUCGACGGCCGUCGCCAGCCUCAUGGCGGGGGAAUAGCACUCCUCUCUCCGGGUCCCCUCGUCUUGGGGUCAGCCCUCUGGUCCCUCCCGGAUUCUUACCAGCCAACCUGAACAGAAAUAAAGCCUCGACCGUCUCUCCAUUCUCAUCACCAAGACCAUCACCCAGACUCGCUUUCGCUACCCCCGUUAUACCCCACAGUCCGAACCUGAAUGCCUACGAAUUCGCCCACGAUACAACCCCCUCCCAGGAGGUAUUUGGUGAUUACCAAACCGAGAAUGUCGAAUGGCUGGUCGCCGAUGACGCGGCCAGCAUCACGUCGUCCGUCGGCACUUCAAGCGGCCUCAACGCGGCCGCGCCCGAGUUCUCGUCGCUGUCGUCGCAGCAAACCGACAUGUCUCCGUAUGACAUGCUGCGCUCCAUCCUAGGACCGUCGAGAACGGACGAGGAGAUAGAAAACGCCCUCGCGACGCACGGUUACGAUUUAAGCGCGACCAUUGUGGCGAUAAUGGAAAACCACAUGCCAAACAGUGCGUACGCCAUGAAUACAAAAGCAGAAGAGACAAAGAGCAUUGUAAUAGGCAAAUCCAUGACGGCUGAUGGUCGGCCGACGACGCCGGCCAACCAACAGAAGUCGGGCGUCAUCUGCAAGUUCUACCUGUCCACGGGACAAUGUCUACGCUCCGACUGCAGAUUCAGCCACGACUUGAGCAACCAUCUAUGCAAGUACUGGAUUAUGGGGAACUGCUUGGCGGGAGAUACGUGCAUUUUCUCCCAUGAUCCGGCGCAGCUCGUUAACAAGCUUUCCGUGGACGGGGGCCAGACGCCUCCGUCAAAGCAACAAGCCAAUAUCCAACUGUCUGAUUACAACUCGUUUCCGUCACUGCAACCAGGCACACCCGAACAAGUAUCGCACUACGCGGCAGUCGCCAGAUACAGAGGGAUGACGCCGCCUCCCGGGUUGAAACCGUUCCCGACGAAUGACAGUCCAAGGCCACGGUCUCGUCCCGGCAGCCGGCAACAGCAAGCCCGAGAACCUUCCGGUGGCGCCCCUCCGCUGGAUGACGCCGAAGCAUUUCCCACUUUAGGAUCGGCGGCAGCGAAGCAAGGAAAGAAACAUCACGGCAAGCGGGGCGGCCAUGGCAGCAAAGAAAAUGCGGUCACGACACCCAGCUCCCUCGCCGAUAUUGUCAAAAUGUCGCCGUCUCCUGGGCCGAUGGCGAUGCGCCAGGAUCCGAAAAAGACCACACGCAACGGAACGACUACGGGUGUUCGUAAUGGGGAAAACAGCGCCGCAGCACAAGCCAUACCGAUCCCCAAGCAUAUUCCUUGGCUCGAGACGGGCGAGAGGGCGAACAAGGCUUAUCUCAAGGCCCGGCAAGAAGCCAUCAAGCACGGCGGUCUCAGAAAUAAGUUCUUGCAAAGUGCUGCGCAAGCGUGGAACAGGAAUGACGCGCGGGCGGCCAAGGCCCUCAGUCUCCGCGGACAGAGUGAAAAUGACUUGAUGCGGAAAGCGCACCGCGAGGCGGCCCGCGAGCUCUACGAGGAGCGGAACAAGGCCAAUACAAACACCUCGGAGAUUUAUGUCGACCUGCACGGACUGCACCCCGACGAGGCGGUGGAGUACCUCGAGCGAGUGCUGUUGGACAAUAGCAAGGAGAACCGACCGAUCUACGCCAUCACCGGGACCGGCCAUCACAGUAAGAACGGAAAGGACAAGGUUGGCAGGGCGAUUCGGAACUUCCUGAACGAAUGGAGUUAUGCGUAUCGCGAGUUCUCAGUGCCUGGGGACCGUAACAAUAUGGGAGGGAUACUGGGUGUCGACGCGAGGAGCUACGACAAGAGCCUAGCGCGGGACGGAGGGGCGAGUUUGGCCGAGCCAAAGGAAGAGGAAGACAUUCUCAGCCAGGGAGUCGAAAUCGGCGACGGGAAGCUUGAAGCGGUGACGAUGGCGAGCAGGAGGCGGGACGGCGCGUGGCGCGUGGCGCGUGGGAGCAACUGGAGUCCGUCCCUAGAAGAGGCAGAUUCCGAGUGGUGGGAAGGAUUGAAUGGCACAAGUCGAAUUGAAAGAUUAUCAUCUUUCAAACAAGGUACUGUUAAAGUCAAGAAGCAUCUCACCUUUUCAAACGAGGCCACGCUCCUUGAUGUCAGCAAUGGAGAUGGGACGGACAUCGCGACACUGCCCCCUCCCCAAUGCGGCCACCUACUGAGGAGCGUCGAACCCACAAGGUACAUCGUGCUUGGAAACGCGACAGCCAUCGCAUUCGUCUGCCAAGAUCAAGAAAUAUUCCGAAAAGAACAUGGCCACGAGGUAGCCACACUGACCUGGGGCUGGUUUUCCGGAACCGCCGGGGUUCUGUCGUCAUCAACGAUGGUCAACUCGGACUUCCAAAACAUGGAGCAAACAGCGUCAAUGCCGCUGGCGCCCGACAAUGACCCCGAUAGACGAACUGACCCGUCUUCUCCAACCUCCCCCGAUCCGCCUCUGCCCUGGGCUCGCCGCCCCGGUUCCAUGUCCUCCCGCCGUCUCUCCUCGACCCGAUACGUUCGCACCGCGCGAGCCCCGGCCCUCAAACGCCUUUUCCGCGCCGCCGCCAAGGGCUACAAGAACCUCAACGCCGCCUACCUACGGCUCACUCCCCUCCAGCGCGUCGCUGUCGUCACUGCGGCCGUCGUCGUCAAUGUCCUCGCCAUCCUAUUCCUCGUAUACUCCCACGCCAUCUUCACCUGGCUGGCCCCGAUAAGCCAUCAGUGGCGCGCCCUUCCCGGCGGCUGGCUCAUUAUCUGGCUCAUGGUUGUCAUCACGGCCUUCCCCCCGCUCAUCGGCUACAGCACCUGCAUCACCAUCGCUGGCUUCGUCUAUGGUUUCCCGCUCGGGUACCCCAUCGUCGCCACCGCCAACGUGGCCGGUAGUCUCGCCGCGUUUUAUGCCAGCCGCACCAUCUUCAGCGGCUAUGUACACCGCCUCGUCGGCCGGGACCACCGCUUCAUCGCCCUUGGCCAGGUCCUGCGCAAGGACGGUGUGGGCAUGCUCAUUGCCGUCCGACUGUGCCCCCUGCCCUACUCCAUUUCCAACGGCUUUCUCGCCACUAUCCCUUCCAUACAUCCCCUAAUAUUUGCGGUUGCCACGGCAUUGGCGAGUCCCAAACUCCUCAUUCACAUCUUCAUCGGUAGCCGUCUCGCCCUCAUCGCCGAGCGGGGCGACGAGAUGUCAAUGGCCGACAAGGCCAUCAACUGGACCUCGAUGAUCUUCGGCGGCCUCCUCGGUGGAUUCAUCGGCUGGGUCAUCUACCACCGCACCAUGACCCGCGCGGCCGAGAUCGCCCUCGAAGAGAACGAGGCGCGAGACCUCGACGAUGCCGAUCCGCUGGGCUCGCCUGAAAACGGCCACGGCGAUCUCGACUAUGCCGAUGUGGAGGCUGGUCUUCUUGACCCGGAUGACGUGGUGGCCCUGAUGAACGACGACGAUAUUAGUCUUUGGGGGGGGAGCGACGGGGUGGAGGGCGAUGAGCGGUAUCAUGACAAUGACGAAAGCGGUUCCGUAGAUGGGCAUGGGAAGGGGCAUACAACUGGCCUCCUCGACCCGAAAUUGUUUGUUAGAGAAGAAGGCAAAAAUGCGUCUCGCGCCGAGGCCAUGUGA